AAGGUGUAUGCGCUGGGAGGGAUGGCAGCUGACACUACGCCCCAGGCGCUAGUGAGGGUCUACGAGCCGGAGAAGGACCAAUGGCAGGCCUUGACCUCCAUGCCCACGCCUCGCUACGGAGCCACCUCCUUCCUGAGAGGCAACAAGAUUUACGUGCUGGGUGGGCGUCAGGGAAAGCUUCCUGUCACAGCCUUCGAGGCCUUUGACCUGGAAAUGAAGAGUUGGACGCAUUACCCCUGUAUCCCCAGCCGCCGAGCCUUUGCCUGCUGUGCUGCCACCGAGCGGGGCUUCUUCAGUCUAGGAGGGCUCCAGCAGCCCUGCCCCCAUAACUUCUACUCCAGACCUCACUUCGUCAGCACGGUGGAGGAGUACAACCCAGAACAGGGAAACCAGCCGUCACCCCUGUCGUCAGUGGAGAGCUACAACCUUGUGAAGCGACGUUGGGAGUAUGCUGCCCCGAUGCCCAGCCCCCGCUGCUGCUGUGCCCCCCUGCAGACCCCCAACAUGCUGUUCCUCAUCGGGGGUGUGGCCCAGGGGCCCAGCAACGCCGUGGAGGCCCUCUGCCUCAGAGAGACUGUGUGA